AAGCAGUGCAGAAUUCAAGCAAACCAAAAGGCAAAUCCUUGCCUAGGACUUAGGAGUCCAAUGAGAUAAAAUGAUGGAUCAAAGGAUUAUUUUUGCCUAAUGAAGCAUUUUGGGUUUUGAGUCUCACUGGACUCUGUUUUCAACAGGAUGUUGUGCUCAGGGCUGGAAUUUGGACAUUCCGUUACAGGCCUGUAAUCAGUCAGCUCUGAUUAAUUGAACCCAGACUCUUGAUGAAGCCCUGCUGCGCUUAUAAUUUCGAAUUUAGAAUGGGUAGGGAGAGGAGUAGAUAAUGUGAGGGAUUUUGUUUUUGGAGUUUUGGUUGGUUUUUUUUGUGUGUUUUUGUUUUUGUUUUUGCCUCUGAAAUUAGCUUAGUGUAUUAAUUCAGAAAGCAGUGGGUUGCAUCUGAUUGUAUGCCUUAGUAAUCUGAACCAUCUGCCUCCCUAUAUUAAGGGAGUUCAUCUCUUUAAUCCAGCUUACGGCCCACAAACCACUCUUCUCUGUCAUCAUGCCCUUGAGUAGAAGAGGCCACGCAAAGUCCUUUGCUCUUAAAUGCUUUGCUGUCGUUGAGGAUAUUUAGAAACUGAUCUUUCUUUCUUUCCUUCUUUCUUUCUUUCUUUCUUUCUUUCUUUCUUUCUUUCUUUCUUUCUUUCUUUCUUUCUUUCGUUGAGGAUAUUUAGAAACUGAUCUUUCUUUCUUUCUUUCUUUCUUUCUUUCUUUCUUUCUUUCUUUCUUUCUUUCUUUCUUUCUUUUUCACAUUUUGUCUGAGCUUUGGUUUUAUUUUUCUGGGGCCAGAAACCAUGGCUUUCUUUGUGAAAUCGAUGAUAAGUAACCAGGUAAAGAAUUUGGGAUUCGGUGGUGGGUCUGAAGAAAAGAAAGAAGAAGGAGGCACAUCUGAUCCUGCAGCAGCUCAAGGGAUGACUAGAGAGGAGUAUGAGGAGUAUCAGAAGCAAAUGAUUGAGGAGAAGAUGGAAAGAGAUGCUGCAUUUACACAAAAAAAGGCGGAGAGGGCAUGCCUCAGAGUUCAUCUCAGAGAAAAAUACAGACUCCCAAAGAGUGAAAUGGACGAGAACCAAAUCCAGAUGGCCGGAGACGAUGUGGACUUGCCCGAAGAUCUCCGGAAAAUGGUAGAUGAAGAUCAAGAAGAGGAAGAAGACAAGGAUUCCAUUCUUGGGCAUUUACAGAAUCUCCAAAACAUGGACUUGGAUACCAUAAAGGAAAAAGCCCAGGCCACCUUCACGGAAAUGAAGCAGACCGCUGAGCAGAAGUGUGCUGUGAUGUGAGGGGCAGGACGUGCGGAGGAGGGAACCGAGUCCAGGUGGAGGUGACCACUCUGCACGGAGCGUUUCCAGCAGCGUGUCCUUAAACACGGCAAACUCACAAACACCACGACGGUGAAGCUCUCCACAAACUCGUAGACAACGACUUGAUGUUCUAAACAUCCCCGUAGAGUGCUCAGCCAGCACCUUGCAGUAGGACACACACUUUCCUUGUAGUUAUAAAUGUGGCUCAGUGCAAGAUUUCAUCUGGGAGUGACGCGGAACACAUCUGCUUGAAGAUCUUCAGGACAGCCCUGAAGAGACAAGAGCAGAUGGCAUUUCCCCUCCGACUUGCUUUCUUCCAGGGCAAGGUCUCGUCCUCUUCAUCCGUUAGCAUAACUCCAGGUCCUUUGGAGAAAAGAUGUGGAAGGUCAGGGAGCCCCCCUGGAACCCCGGCUGCAGGCUCAAGGGCAAGCAAAGAGCACACCGCCUCUCACUCCCAGGGACCUUGACACUGUUGCUGCUCCUCAUCACGGAUGGAUGAGGACCUGGAUGGUUCCAGGCCCAGGGGACAGUGGCGGGAUGGGACGAGCAAUGAAGAAGAGAAAUGAAGGCAGAGAAUGGACUUCACUAGCGCUUUGCAUCAUGCUAGAGGCUAUAUGAAGAAUGGACUUGAGGGGUGACACUAGAGGCAGGGGGCGACUAGGAAGGCUAUGGCUGGUUCCACAUUCGGCAUCAUCACCGGUUGUCUGUUGGUGACUGCAGUGGGAACGGAGCAGAUGGACAAAUAAAGAGCACUGAGAAGUUAAGUGAA